AUGGCGAACAGCGACGAGCUUCAUAGCGACGGCCCGCCCAAGACGUUUGGGGCGACGACGACGGCCCGUCAUGUGUCCACGGCCACCGACCGUGACCAGCAAGACUACGACCAGCUGGCUCGCCUCGGCAAGCGGUCAGUCCUCAAGCGCAACUUUAGCUUCCUGACCAUCCUCGGCUUCAGCUGCGCCAUCCUCGUGACAUGGGAGGGCACACUGAUGAACUUUGCGCCAGGCCUCGCCAACGGCGGACCAGGCGGACUGAUCUACGGCUUCAUCUUUGUGUGGAUCGGCAACCUGAGCGUCUUCUCCACGCUGUGCGAGCUCGUCUCCAUCGCGCCGACGUCGGGCGGACAGUACCACUGGGUGUCGAUGCUGGCGCCGCGGUCCUGCUCCAAGUUCCUGAGCUACAUGACGGGCUGGCUGACGCUGGCGGGCUGGCAGGGAACCUCGGCGGCGGCGGGCUUCCUGACGGGGACCAUGACGCAGGGGCUGGUGACCUUUCUCGUGCCCUCGUACGACGCGAAGACGUGGCAGGGCACGCUGAUGCUGUGGCUCUGCAUCUUUAUUGCGGUGGUCAUCAAUACCGUCGUGAGCUCCAUGCUGCCCAAGCUCGAGGGUAUGAUCCUCGUGCUGCACAUCCUAGGCUUCUUUGGCGUCAUGAUCACGCUUGUCACGUUUGGCGCCAAUGGCGACGCGGCGGAUGUGUUCCUGACCUUUCGCAACGAGGGCAUGUGGCCCUCGCAGGGACUGUCGUGGUUCGUCGGUCUUCUGGGCUGCGUCUUCUCCUUUGUGGGCGUCGACUGCUCGUUCCACAUGUGCGAAGAAGUGCAGAACCCGUCCAUCGCGGUCCCCCGGUCGAUCAUGACGAGCAUCUGCAUCAACGGGGCCAUGGGCCUGGCCAUGAUCAUCUCGAUGCUGUACGGGGCGACAGACAUUGACGCGGCCAUCAACAGCCCGACGGGCUACCCGUUUAUCGAAAUCUUCCACCAGGCGACGGGCUCGCGGGCGGGCACGGCGGCCAUGACCUCGCUUAUCAUCGUCAUGACGCUGUCGGCCAUUGUGGGCGUCAUCGCGGCCACGUCGCGCAUGUUCUGGGCGUUUGCGCGUGACCGGGCGCUGCCCUUCUCGUCGACGCUGUCCAAGGUUGACGCGCGCACCAACGUGCCCGUCUGGGCUAUUGCCAUCACCAGCGUCAUCUCCUGCCUCAUUGGGCUCAUCAACAUUGGCUCCGCCGUCGUGUACAAUGCCAUCAUCUCCGUCGCCGUCUCGGGUUUGUACUCGUCGUACCUCAUUACGGGGGCGCUGCUGCUGUACCGGCGCUGCGGGAGGGGGUUCAAGAUGCCGGAUCCAUCUGUGCUGCCUGCGCUCGCGGACACGGCAGCUGGUGAGGGCCAGGCGUUGGCGUGGGGGCCUUGGCACAUUCCCGGUGUGUUGGGCAUCGUCAACAAUGCGUUUGCCUGCUGCUUCAUGGUGAUUGUCUGGUUCUUCAGCUUCUGGCCGCCGCAGACGCCCGUCGCGCCGGACUCGAUGAACUACGCGUCCCUGAUGACGGGGGGCGUGGCGCUCUUCAGUGUCGUGUACUACUUCUUCUGGGCCAAGAGGGAGUACAAGGGGCCAGUGAUGGAGGUGCAAGAGCACUAG